GUACUUCAACUUAGAAAAGCUUCAAAAUGCUGAGUUCUACAAAGGUCGUCCUUUUCUUCGGCGUCGUCUUGGUGACGCUCGCUCUCGUGGCAGAAAAUGAAGUGAGCGCUUUUGAUGCCUCGUGUAAUUCUAAACCGUCUCCUCCGGAACCUUGCAACGACGGUAAGAACUGGGAUAACGGCAAGAAAGGCAACAACUGGGGUGAGAAAUGCGAUGAUGACAUGAAAGGCAAAAAGGACAACUGGGGUGAGAAAUGCGAUGACGACAAGAAAGGCAAAAAGGGCAACUGGGGUGACAAAUGUGAUGACGACAAGAAAGGCAAAAAGGACAACUGGGGUGAGUAA